CCGGUUUCCCAGUGCUUUUUUCUUUUUCCUCUCUUUAUUGUGACCAUGAAAAUCGCUGCCGCUCUCGCAUUUUUACCCUUUCUCGCCUCGAGCACGCUUGUGGCCGCAAGCCCUUUGGUUAGCUAUGGCCAGAUAAGCAUUUCUCAAGUAGGAGAUGCUGAACCUCGUCUUAUCAGAUACAGCGAGGAUUCCCCUCCCAAAUGGAUUAAAGAGUCUGAUAAGGAAUCCUUGAUUCGAGCCGGAAUUAAGUUUAUGGAUAUCACCGACUACACUGACGAAAUUGUUCGUGUGCAAAACUGGAAGCCAUUUAUUCCGGCGAGAACUUUAUACGAAGACGAAGUGACCCCCUACAUCGGCAAUUUGAGCACAGAGACAAUGGAGGCCUUCUUGACCAAAUUUACCAGCUUCAGAAACCGUUAUUACAAAUCAAGUUGGGGUGGUGAAUCAUGCCGUUGGUUGCUCCAACAAUUGGAGAAUAUCGCACAAGGCUCGGAUCAUGUGGCCGUGAAAGAGUUUCAGCACCCAUGGGAACAAUUUUCCAUCGUGGCUCGAUUUGAAGGAACCAACGAGGACUUGAAAGAUGAGCUCGUCAUUGUUGGAGCUCACUUGGAUUCUAUGAACAUGUAUUUGCCAAAAUAUGGCCGAGCACCCGGUGCUGAUGACGACGGCAGCGGUACUACUUCAACUGUGGAAGCUUUCCGUAGCUUGGUGAAUAAUGGAUUCCGUCCCGAACGACCUGUUGAAUUCCAUUGGUACAGUGGUGAAGAAGGCGGAUUGCUUGGUAGCCAAGCUGUUUCGCGUCAAUAUCAACAGGACGGAAAACGUGUGGUUGCCAUGUUGCAGAACGAUAUGACGGGUUACGUGGGUCCCAGCGGCAAUCCCGUCAUUGGCAUUGUUACCGAUCACGUUGAUGACAAGUUGACGGACUUUAUCAAGGUCCUCGUGGAUUCUUAUGCUGGUAUCCCAUACACUUUGACAAAGUGCGGUUAUGCGUGCAGCGACCAUGCUUCAUGGCGUCAAAUUGGUUUCCCCUCUGCUUUUACAAUUGAGAGCUCAUUUGAAGAUUCGAACCAUUACAUCCACACUUCCGGUGACACGAUCGAUAAGUUGUCCUUUGACCAUAUGAAAGAAUUCUCAAAGAUUGCCAUCGGCUUUGCUGUGGAGCUUUCGCAUGUCCGAUCCGAUUAACGAGAUAGCAGAUAAAUAUCACUCUUGUAUCAUAUUUUUAUGUCUUCUCACCGUUUCUCCCCACUUUGUCUGUCUGCGCAAUUUAUAAAAAUGACCAAAAUUUUUUUUUUUUUUUUUAAAAAAAAAGCACUCCAAACGGG